CGGCCAUGAUGAAGGCGUCGGCAGCGGAGGAGGCGGCCACCAAGGGCAUGGCCACCCUGCUGAGCCUUCUCCGUGCCAGCACGUCGGAAGAGAAGAUCAGCGCCGUCUCCGCUGCCGGAGCAGGGGACGAGAAGGUGGAGUGGCUCCGGUCGCAGCUGAUCGGCAAGGACGUCGAGUUCGACACGCCGUUCGGCCGCCGCGUUCUCACGUACGCCGACCAGACGGCGUCCGGCCGGGGCCUCCGGUACAUCGAGGACUACAUCGUCAACGAGGUCCUCCCCUUCUACGGGAACACGCACACGGAGGACAGCCACGUCGGGAGCAAGACGACGCGGCUGGUGCACAAGGCGGCGCGCUACGUGAAGCGCUGCAUGGGCGCCGGCCCCGGCGACGCGCUGCUCUUCUGCGGCGCCGGCACCACGGCGGCCAUCAAGCGCCUGCAGGAGUUCAUGGGCGUCGCCGUGCCGUCCGUCGAUCUGCGCGAGCGCCUCGCCGCGCAGCUGCGGACGGAGGAACGGUGGGUGGUCUUCGUGGGGCCGUACGAGCACCACUCCAACCUGCUCUCGUGGCGGCGGAGCCUCGCCGAGGUCGUCGAGAUCGGCGUCGACGCCGACGGGCUCGUGGACGUGGCCGCGCUCCGCCGCGCGCUCGCCUCGCCGGAGUACGCGGACCGGCCCAUGCUGGGCUCCUUCUCGGCGUGCAGCAACGUCACCGGCGUCAUGACGGACACGCGCCAGCUCGCGCGCGUCCUGCACGAGAACGGCGCGUUCGCGUGCUUCGACUUCGCCGCGAGUGGACCAUACGUGAAGAUUGACAUGAAAUCUGGUGAAAUGGACGGCUACGAUGCGGUCUUCUUGAGCCCACACAAAUUUGUUGGUGGACCAGGCACACCAGGCAUCCUUCUGAUGAACAAAGCAUUGUACCGGCUGAACUCCCAGCCUCCAUCAACUUGCGGCGGUGGCACCGUGGCCUAUGUCAAUGGCUUCAAUGAGAAGGAUACAUUGUACUACGAUGACGUCGAGGAGCGGGAGGAUGCCGGCACGCCGCCGAUCAUCCAAAAGAUCCGUGCAUCGCUCGCGUUUUGGGUCAAGGAGUACAUUGGGUAUGACACGAUGAGCAUCCGAGAGCGAGUCUACGCGGAGAUGGCAAUGAAAAGGCUUGCCAGCAACCCAAACGUAAGGGUUCUCGGCAACACAAACGCGGAACGCCUACCGAUCUUCUCCUUCCUCAUCUACCCUCCGGUGCCCAGUUCGCUGCUUGAUGUGCCCUAUGGGCCUGGUUGCCGUAGUCCUUCAUCAGGUGAUCUGACGCGCAAGCGUCUCCCUCUCCAUGGACGCUUUGUCACAAGGCUCCUUAACGAUCUUUUCGGCAUCCAAGCAAGGGGAGGCUGCGCGUGCGCAGGCCCCUAUGGCCACACACUGCUCAACAUCGAUAACGAGCUCUCCCUUCGCAUCCGGUCCAUGAUUCUUAAGGGUUACAAUGGACUGAAGCCAGGGUGGACUAGGCUGAGUUUUUCUUACUACCUGUCCAAGGAGGAGUUCAGAUUCAUCCUCGCCGCCAUUGAGUUCAUCGCGUCUUAUGGCCACUGGUUCCUCCCACUUUACAAAUUUGACUGGAACACCGGUGACUGGACAUUCCGUAAGCAGGCAAUCAAGUACCAAAUCAUGAAGGAGGAGCUGGAUCUUACCACUGGUGUUGAUCUCCUGGCUGAAAAUGUGCAGACAAAGAUUGCAGAUGAACUGGAGAAGAAACAGGGGGUUGAUCAGAAGAAGUUUGAGGGCUACUUAGACAACGCCAAGAAGAUUGCACUCUCCUUACCAGAUAUCAGUCAUCAGGUUGCUGCUAGUGUUCCAAAAGGAGUUGACCGUGACUUGGUCCUUUUUCAUAUAUAGAAAAUCAGACUGAUUAGACUUAUUGUGGUUAUAACAACGUAACAAGCAACAGCUUUCAGAGCUCUGAGUU